ACUUGGACACCAUCAAUUCUGCUCAUUGAAUAUUCCACAAUAAUGCCUGCAACAACCCAACUCUUCAACAUCAGGACUGUCGAUUCUUCUGGUGAAGAGAAGUUGACUAACCGCAUCAGUACUGAGGCAGAAAUCGACGCGAAAGCCACCCUUGGCACGGUUCGAAACGUGUUGGCAAAGGAAAAGAAACUUGACUCAGGAAAGGCUCGACUUUCGUUCUGCAGUAAGGAUGGUGCUCGUGUGGGUGAUGAUAUGAAGUGGAGUGUAUAUCAAGCGAUAGUCACGGGGGACGAAAAUGACGCACCAAAGACUUCCAAUAGUAUUCAGAUCCUUGACGUGUAUCUUGAGUUGCCCGAGGAAAAGGAGACGAAGAAGAAGGAGCUAAGCGCAGCGGCUCAGAAGGUCUUGGAUAGCGAUCUGGAUAUGGACUUAAUGAAAAAUAAACCAGAAUUGAUCUCCGCAACGCUGAAAGAGCUUGCUAGCAAGUAUAACCAUGCCAACUUCAAGGCCGGGGUCUCUAAGGAGGGAGUUGUGGUUGCUGGCAGCAUGUCUGAAGAAGACUGGGACUCGGUUCUUCGAAAUACCCAAUUCCUGAACGGCCAUAGAAUGGUGUUUACCACCUAUGCAAAUGGAACUAAAGGAUUCAAGAGGAUCGAUAAGGCUCCAUAUACUGCAUUCUCUAUCAAACCCAGAAAAUUGACCAGCACGGAAAAGGCCGACAAAGGAAUCAAACUUGAAACCGAAUACCGAAUCCCUAGAUACGUUGUGACUGAUGACUCUUAUGUCAACGUCUUUGAAACGGCAACUGCACUCUCUAAAAGUGUUGCAUCGAGCUCUUUCUCUCAAUUGGAUAUCGAAGCCUCAGCUGGAGGAAAUAUUUUCGGUGCCAGUCUAUCUGUAAAGGCCGGUUUUAGCCAGAGUGAAAGCCAGGCUAUGGCUUCGUCUCAAUCAUCUUCGGCAAGAACCAUGAACAUAACGUACAAUUUUCCGAGAGUUGUCUUGCAUCUUGACUCGAGAAGUCUGGAGCUAACAGAUGAAUGCAAAACCGCCGUGCAAGGAGUGACAGACGAAGCAACUCUUGUCCAAUUCCACCAUAAUUUUGGUCAUUUCUUUUCUACCAAUAUUCAGCUAGGUGGCAAGCUCUAUGCCUCUGAGCAAUUCACCUCCUCGGAAUCUGCAAGUGCAGAAGAGAAAUCAAAUGCAAUGAAGGCAAGCGCUCAAGCUUCCUUCUCGUAUGGAACAUUCCAAGCUUCGGCCAGUGUAAGCUAUGAAGAGAAUGGAAAGUCAUCAGGCUCAAACCAAACCAGCAAAAUGUCAAAUUCGCUCACAUGGGAAGCCCAGGGCGGUGACACAAUUUUGUGCAAUGACCCCCCGAAUUGGUGUCACACUGUUAAGCCGUUCAAUCACUGGAGAGUUAUCAACCAACAAGAUGUGAUACCAUUGGUGGAUUUUAUCGGAAGCUUCACUGAUUUCUCGCAUAUUCCCAAGCUCUUUGCAGAUAUUGUGGCGGGGACUAGAAAGCCUGUUAAUCGUCGGUUCCGUCUUCGAGCUAAAGAAACAAAGCAUGUUGGAGCAAAUGAAUAUUAUGGCCUGCGUGAGGAUGCGAAAAGGAGACGACUUGAGCCAUUGUUGCUUAAGUACGGUCAACGUUUGAUGACAGAUGGUUCUCAUACGAAUUAUUUCCACGCACAAUUUUUCUACGCACAAUUUCUAGAGCGAGUCAAGAGUGAAUCCUUUACAAAUAACUUUAAGGAGUAUGUCGGAAUUGACCAAUAUGACGAUGGGUGUGACUUUGAAGUUGAACUACAAGGAGAGCUUAACCAAGCCCCCAAGCUCCAAUACAACGUACCUUACCUUAUCCGCACAGUCAAGCACCAACGCUAUCUGUGUGCAGAUACAUCUGGUAGCUACAAAGAAACAUUCUUCGGUUACAUGUUUUAUGCUCGAAAGAGUCGUGCCAGCAAGUUCAUGUUCAGAAAGGCCGGCGCAAGGCAGGUAAAGGGUGACAUUGGUAACGGCGAGGAGGUCGAGUUGACUCUAUGUGAUGAGGCCGGGGGUCCUAUUGCUAUGGUGCAGCGUUAUGAGGACGAUGGUUCAACCCUGAUGCUGAGCAAGUUUGGAGUGCACGAUGACUUUAGUGUGGAAAACAAUGCUUAUAUGACAUAUAUCGAAGAAUAGAGGCCAUAGGUAUGACAUGUCAUAUUUCAACAAUUGACAUGUGCCUCCCAUUGUUUGUCGAUCGAUAUGUGCUCAUGCGACGAACUUGCUCCCUCACCCGAUGAAAAUUUAAUGCUUGCAACUCCGAGAAUGAAAUAAUUGAUUCAAACAACUAGCACUGGCUUCAGCA